UCUACUGCUGUUAAAAGCCUAUACAUUUAAUGCAUACAAGGUGACAGCUGGAAAUACACAGAAAAAUGGUAGAGAUUAAUGACGGUCGCCAUUUCAAAAACCCUUAUGAUGAUUAUAUUUCAGAAAAUCAACUACAAGUGGAAAACACAAAUAUUCCAAGGAAAUUCAUUGAAUUAUUGCAUGUGUUAAAUUCUAAGUACGAGAAACUAUCCUCUUCUGAUAUAUCCAUGUACACGGGGUUAUCAGGUAUUGGACUAUUCUACAAUUAUUUAUCACAAUCAAAAAGUAAACUCAUCGAUAGAAAAAUACGUGAAGAUGCUGUUCAACAUGCUGACAGGCUGUUACAUCGUUGUCUGCGUCAUCUUGAUGCUAAAAAGUUAUCUAAGAAUAUCAGUGUUUUCACUGGACCUAUCGGUGCAUUAUGCUUAGGUGUACUGUGCACUUCAGCUCAAAGUGUCGAUGCAAAACGAUACUCGGAACAAAUUCUAUCCGCCAGUAAUUAUGCUGCUUUAGAUUUGCAUUCUGAUAUGCCUGAUGAAGCCCUGUAUGGAAGAACAGGUUAUUUGAACUGUCUGCUAACUUUGAAAGAGUACAGUAAUUUUGAUAUACCCAAUACUACGAUUUCAUUGGUAGUUAAUGCCAUCUUACAAUCUGGUCAGAGUACAGCUAAUACUUACAAAUCCAAUGGUUAUUAUGAUUCUUUAAUUCGGCAUUCUUCCAAACGAAGCUUACCAAUGCCACCGUUAAUGUUUGAAUGGCAUGAAAAAUGUUAUCUUGGUGGGGCGCAUGGUUUUGCUGGUAUUUUAACUACUCUCUUAAAGGUUUAUAAACUGUUUCCCGGUGUAAUAUCCCCAGAUACUUUAAAUCAAUUAAUUUUACCUACUGUUGAAUGGAUGGGACAACUUCAAUUGCCGAGUGGAAAUUGGCCUUCAAGUCUGGGGGAUAGUAUAAGUCGGGAUGUAUUAGUUCAUUGGUGUCAUGGUGCAACCGGUGUAAUCCCACUUAUGCUAUCAGCCUAUAAGAUAACCGGUGAAAAAAAGUAUUUAGAGCGUGCAUUGACUGGUGGAGAAGUCCUCUGGACUCGUGGUCUACUUCAUAAAGGUUGUGGUCUAUGUCAUGGUUCUGCUGGUAGCGGUUUCAGUCUAUUGGAAAUUUAUCAAACUACACAUGAUCCUAAGUAUUUGUAUAGAGCUAUAAAGUUUGCUGAAUGGUGUACUGAUUGUUUUAACAAUGCUACUCGUGUUGCUGACCGCCCAUAUUCACUUUUUGAAGGUCUUGCUGGAACACUGUAUUUUCUUGUUGGUAUUAUGGACCCAGACAGCUCGAAAUUCCCAUUGUUGAGUGGACUUUAAGUAAACAUUGCAGAGAUGUUGUGCUUUUUUUUAUCGCAUGUACUUUUUCUCACAUAAAUUUCUUCUGUCUUGAGAAACUUGUUUCUGUUUUCUUUUCAUUUCUCCAUCAUUUAACAAUU